GGAAACCACCCGGAAGAGAAGAAGGGAAGCCCUUUCGUCACCCACGCUUCUCCUUCAACCCCUCUUCACUAACACGCUCUCCCUUUUCGGGUUGUCCCAAAAAAACGACUCUUUCUCUUAAUACCCUCUUUAGGAGCUGCUGCGGAGUCAGAACUAAUCCGCCGGCGUCGCUGCAGCAUUUUUGGAAGAACCAAAGUUACCGGAAGUACCGCGCAGAGGGCAUUGGAGUGAAGAUGGCCGCCUACAAGCUGGUUCUGAUCCGCCACGGAGAGAGCGCCUGGAACCAGGAGAACCGCUUCUGUGGCUGGUUCGACGCCGACCUGAGCGAGGCCGGAGAGAAGGAAGCGAAAAGGGGAGGACAGGCCCUGAAAGAUGCUGGCUAUGAGUUUGAUAUCUGCUACACCUCUGUCCUUAAGAGGGCCAUCCGGACCCUGUGGUAUGUCCUGGACAGCAUCGACCAAAUGUGGCUGCCCGUCCACCGGACCUGGCGGCUCAACGAGCGCCACUACGGCGGCCUGACGGGGCUGAAUAAGGCAGAAACUGCUGCCAAACACGGGGAGGCUCAGGUGAAGAUCUGGAGGCGUUCCUUCGACGUUCCUCCCCCACCCAUGGACGAAGGACACAACUACUACCAGAAUAUCAGCAAGGACCGGCGUUAUGGUGACCUGACCGGGGAUCAGCUUCCCAGCUGUGAAAGUCUCAAGGACACCAUUGCCAGGGCGCUUCCUUUCUGGAACGAGGAAAUUGUUCCCCAGAUCAAGAAAGGAAAGCGGGUGCUUAUCGCCGCUCAUGGCAACAGCCUGCGGGGCAUCGUCAAGCAUCUCGAGGGGAUGUCAGAGGAAGCCAUCAUGGAGCUGAACCUGCCCACAGGCAUUCCCAUUGUUUACGAGCUGGACAAGAACCUGAAGCCCACCGGACCCAUGCAGUUCCUGGGAGAUGAGGAGACCGUCAGGAAGGCCAUGGAAGCGGUGGCCGCUCAGGGCAAAGCCAAGAAAUAGACUUGUCCGACCCGGCGAAGCCCCAGAAUGAAGACCAAUCGUGUACUGCUCCCACGUUGAGUUGAGGAAAAAAACCAAACAAAAAAAACGGUUAUCUAAUGUUUGUGGCGUCACAAAUUGUACACAAUUAGACCCGAAACGUGCACUUUAGAAAUAAUACUCUGCUUAUUGGUCUUUAUUCUGUUAUACACUGAAACAUGCAUUUCAUUAUUAGACUGUCGAGAAUAGUUAAAGCACUGACCAAAUUGGAAAUUAGGGACCAGAGAGCAGAAGGGAGAUUGGAUUCAGAUCUGUCGAGGACGACCAGUGGCUGCAGAUGAAGCUCAACGGGAACCGGACCGCCACUGGUUGAUGUUGUUAAAAGGAUGAGUGCAUUGUUCUGUUUUGUUGUACGAUGGUGAACUUUGUUUGCUGUGGCAAAAAUGAAUAAAUGUUGAGACAUAAUUUAAUGAUUA